GAAGACUCAUCGUCCUCACCCAGCAAACUCCACAUCCAACGUGAACAACAUGAAUUUCUCGACAUCCACAGCCAUCGCUGUCCUGGUUUGUAUGGCAUUGUCUAUUAAUGCCCAGCAAACUUCUAAACCAGGUGUCCCUAGACCGUUACCUUCUCUUCCUCAACGACCUCUUCCUUCACCACUUCGUUCAUUGCCAUUCCGUUCUUCACGUAAUAGCAAUAUCAACAUCAACACCAACGAGAACAAUAACGACAACUUGAUCUUCAGCUCACUUUUUGCUGAACUGCUGAGCAAUCAGAAUAUCCUGGAAUCAGAUCCAUGUGACGAAGACGACUAUCUUUGCUUUUGGAGAAUGAUUGCAGCUGGCCGUCUUGCCAAAUCACCAAAAGCCACUGAAGAAAAGCAGGCAGGUGCUGCUGCUUCUGACGAUGACGCUGAGAGUGUGAAGGUAGAAAAAAGCUCGGAUGAUAUGGAACGCAGUCGCCAUCCAGCUAGGAGGUCUAGCAAUUUUAACUUCAACUCCAACAGCAACGAAAAUUCCAACUAUGAUUUCAUCUCCGUAUUCGCAUCUCUCCAACAGUUUCUUAGAAACCAAAGGAAACUCACCAAGGAAACCCCCGUCGUAGUAUAACUAAUAGCUCAAUAGCUAUUAACUACUUACUUCUCUGGCACCGACAAUAAGAGCAACUACAUUCCUACAAUAGAUUUUUUUUUAUCAAAUUGUCAUAGAUUUCCUAUUUCCAUAAUGUUUGGUAUGGGUAUGAUUCUGUUAUGGUUGUGGAAUCUAGACAAAUAUAUUCAGA